GAGAGAGAGAGAGAGAGAGAGAGAGAGAAACUGUUUCAACAAGAACAAUAACAGCAAAAAAAAAAAAAAUACAUAAGUAUAAAACAUGUUAUGUAAUAUGUUAUGUAAUAAAAUAAUAAUAAUAAUAAUAAUAAUAAUAAUAAUAAUAUUGACGUUAACAACACCAAGAACAUCAACGAAUAAAUCAAAAUAAAGAAAAUAUAUAAUAACAACAAUACGAAACACCAUUUCACUUUCAGACCAGCAACAAAAAUCCUACCGCCAUUGGAUAACAACUCACAAAGCCAUCACCACCACUAUCACCAUCAUCACUUUCCCUACAAUCAUCAUCAAGGGAAAGAAAGCGAAUGAAGUGACGUUGAUAAAAAAAAAAAAGAAAGAUGCUGAGAGAAGAGAAUGAGGAAAAAAAAAGAACAUAAGAACUAGCAAGGGAGAGGGAGUGAGAGUAAGAUAAUGAGAGGUAGAGAAAUGGGGAUUUUCACUUGCUACACGAGGAUGGUUUAAAGUCCAUAUCUUAGCUUUUCUACUCUCUCCCUCGACCAGUGGUAUAUAGAGCGCCUUAUUGCACCCAGCUGUUACUGUCGCCACGAAGGGGAGGAGGGGUAGGGAAGGGAAGGGAAGGAGGCAGAGGAGAGAGAGAGAGGGGGGAGGAGUUACUGGAGUGAGGAUUUUGUGGUAACUCUUAGUAUAUAUAUAGUGUGGCCAGCGAUGGUGAGGGAAAGAGUACAGCGCCAGCUCCCCUACAGCAAACACCAGCCUACCUGCCUGCCGCCCUCACUCUCCCCCUAUCUGUGUCACCUUCAGAAGUCCUCCACUGUACUCAUUUGCCUAUUUGUCCUCGUUCCGCUGCACAUUUCCCACGUUUCCUUUCAUCUUUCCCAACUUGUCAAUUAAAACCAGUCAGUCAGCAGUCCACGGUGAUCUAUCCAUCCCAGCCUACGUCUUCCUACAAUGGCUUCUAAAGGUAACAUUUGCCUACUCGCUCUUCUGCUGACCAUUGGGAUCGUCAGGGCGUCACAGGAGGCCGCUGAGAACAAGCUAGUACCCGCGGAUGAGAAGGAUGAUGGAGGGCGGUUCUUCUUUUCGACUGGUUCUUCUGAUACUAACAACUCCUCGACCAUCACCCUAACCCUGGGCGUGGGGGACAUCCUGCUGGCCCUGCUUGCCGUGGCACUCAGUGUGGCUGCGGGUGUGGUCAUCGCGGGGCUGCUCCUCGGGAACCCACUGGACGGCUCCACCGGUUACACCGCCCCCACAUCCUACGCCAGCGAAGGCCACACUGCUGAAAGUUCCUAUGCCGUCCUCCGCUCCCUUGAAUCCGUGGCCCGGAAGCACGAGUAGCAAUAGCAGCGUGAGGAGCACCAGCCGCAGCAUGACAACUUCCUGCCUCUGGUCCGCCUAGCCAGGAUGCAACUCAAUGCACGCUGUCAACAUUCUGUCUCUUGAAUCUCUUCUCUUAGCCUUCAUCAUUCAUAACUUGCCUCGCUGGACACAAUUGUUGCAGUCCUUAAUUUUCUCCUCUAUCCUCACCUUGUACUCUAGAAGUGUUCUCUUUCUCCUAUUUCUCUCUCUUUCCUCUCUCCUGAUGCAAAAGUAUCUUAAUUGCAAACAAAGUCUCAACGCGAGGACUUGCGACGGCCAAGGGACCAAGAGCUAUGCGUGCAUGUACAGUAUUUGUACAGAUCUAUAUUAUAUUUAUUAUAUUUAUAUUUUUAUAUAAAUGAUAAACAUAAAAAUAAACAUUAAGGUAUU